AUGAUACCCCGCUACCAUCAUCGCUCAGUAGCUACACUUGCUCGCACCUCACUCACCACUCGUCAUUUGAAACCAUCACCGAUUCUACCUCAACAACAGCCUCGACUGCCAGUUUCCAAUCCAGCAUUCCGUUGCCAGCCAGCUAUUUCCAGACGCUUCGCAACAGCCACACUCAACAUGUCUUCUGCCACUACUAUCUACGACUUCAAGCCUCUUGACAAGAAGGGCUCCGAACUCCCCCUCGCCACCUACCAAGGCAAAGUAGUCCUGAUCGUCAACGUCGCCUCCAAAUGCGGUUUUACGCCUCAAUACGCCGGCCUGGAAAAGGUCUACAAGGAGAUCAAGGAGAAGUACCCGGACGAUUUUGAGAUCCUCGCUUUCCCUUGCAACCAGUUCGGCGGACAGGAGCCGGGCACCGAGGAGGAGAUCCAGUCGUUCUGCCAGCUUAACUAUGGCGUUUCCUUCCCAAUCAUGAAGAAGGUGGAGGUCAACGGCGAUAAUGCUGAUCCCCUCUAUGAGUGGAUGAAGAAUGAGAAGCCUGGCCUGAUGGGAUUGAAGAGAAUCAAGUGGAACUUUGAAAAGUUCUUGAUUGGAAAGGACGGAAAGGUCAAGGGACGGUGGGCGAGCACUACGAAGCCUGAGAGUCUGAAGGAGGCUAUUCUCAAGGAGUUGGGCGAGUAA